AUGGCGCCUCGAAGAAGGCAAGCCGCCGAGGAGGAGCAGGAUGAAGGAGGGGACGUCGAAGGUCUACAAUUCAACGAAACCCUCUCCUGGCGCGCUGGAAAGCCAAUUCCCACUGGGGAGCUUGUCAAGCGACUUGACACGCUGUCAAUAGAGCUGGCCGAACUCGACCAAGAAUGGGAGCACAAGGAUUCGUUGACCAAGAUUGCAAAAGAGCUAUCCUCGCACCAGAUUCUGGCGCAUAAAGAUAAAGGCGUCAGGGCAUUUGCCGCCUGCUGCUUAGUGGACAUUUUGAAGAUUUGCGCUCCGAAUGCGCCCUUUAGCCCUGCGCAACUCAAGGAAAUCUUCAAUUUAAUUAUAACCUCUAUUCUCCCCGCUCUUCAAGAUCCGUCGCAUACGUACAAUAACCAACACAAGUAUGUUCUCGCAUCUCUCACCGAUGUGAAGAGCAUAUUGCUUCUCGAGGAACUCCCCAACAACGAUGCUCUGUUCGCGCACCUGUUCACAUCGUUUUUUGACUCCGUGUCAGGAUCCAAAGCCGCAUCUGGCGAACAGAUAAGCAGAGAUGUUAUACAGUACAUGACAGACAUGCUUGCCGUAAUAAUCGACGAAACAGCUGCUCUUCCCGCCAAGGUCAUCGACAUUAUCAUGGCCCAAUUUCUCCGCGCCGCUGCUCCGGGCGCCGGAAGAGACAAGACAGAGCAAGGUGCCAUAGAUGAGAACCAAUCAACACUUCUUAUUAAAGAAGAGCCAGAGGCUUAUCAGAUGGCAAGGUCGGUCUGCAACAUGCACCCCGAUAAGAUGGCGCGGUAUAUUGGGCAGUACUUCAGCGACGUCAUCAUGGAAGCUUCAGGCAUCGCGAGGUCUAAUGGAAACCGGGCUGACGAAGAUUCUGACGAGGAAGAGGGUGUCGCGGGGCCGUCAGAGGCCGACCUGAAGGAGCUGCGGAAGGCUCACCUGCUCAUUAGAGAGCUAUGGAAGGCUGCACCGAUGGUCUUACAGAAUGUGAUUCCGCAGGUUGAUGCGGAGUUAUCUGCAGACAAUGUGCACUUACGUCAGCUGGCGACAGAGACUCUUGGAGACAUGAUAUCUGGCAUUGGAGCAGCGGGACCACCGUCUCCUCCAGUGCUUGACCCGGCCGUGUAUCCACCGCUCAAGAUUAGCGAUGAGGCUCCGGAUAGUCGGUCGUCGAACCCGCUUAAGACACCACUCUCACCUCACUCCUUUGCGCAAGGCCACCCUGCGGCAUAUCAAAAUUUUGUUGGGCGCAGGAAUGAUAAGUCGCCCCUCAUUCGUGCGGCUUGGACAAUUGCAGCCGGCUACAUCUUAUCGACAGACGCUGGAGGCAUUGGACUGAGCCGAGAUGAUGAAACCACACUAGUUCGCGGACUAGGGGAGAAGCUCAACGACAGCGAUGAGAAAGUACGCCUGGCAGGUAUCAAGGCUGUUGAGUCGUUCAGCUUUCGUGAUGUAAUCUUGAAAUUGGCUCCGCAUGGAGGCGUUAGCAAGGAGAACUCUGUCUUGGGCAAUUUGGCCGACAGAUGCCGCGACAGGAAGCCGAAUGUUCGAGUUGAUGCUAUGACUCUCCUGGGUCGACUGUGGGCUGCGGCUACUGGAGAGUUGGCUUUAGGCAACGAUGUGGUUGCUACCGCCUUGUCUGGAGUCCCUUCGCGCGUCUGCAAUGCUUUCUACGCGAACGACCUUGAACUUAAUGUUCUACUCGAUACGGUCAUCUUCGAAUGCUUGGUUCCGCUCGCAUUUCCGCCGCCUCCAAAGAAGGGGACAAAGGGUACCAACGGCAGCUCUCAAACACAGUCACAGUCAGGCCCGGCAGCUUACGACCCAGACGCUAUCAGAGCAGAGCGAAUUUUAUUGUUGGUUCAGUCGCUAGAUACCACUGCAAAGAAAGCUUUCUUUGCGAUGCAGGCGCGCCAACCCCAGUUCGCCAAAAUUCUUGCCACCUUCGUGAAGCAAUGCGAGGAGUUUAACGGGGGUGUUAUGGAUGAGGAAGCAACCCAGAAAACCGCAAAUCUUAACAGAACAGUCAAAUACAUGGCUCAAUUCUUGCCUGAUGGAGUCAAAGCCAGUCAGGAACUGCACAAAUUUGCGAAAGCGAACGACCGUCGCAACUACCAGCUAAUUAAGUUUAUCGUCAGCCAAGAGUCAGACUUCAAGACUGUCCAUCGAGCUUUAAAGGAGUUGGCAAAACGCAUACAAGGCUCCCAGCACUCUAACGUACUCGAGACUUUGUUACCCUUGCUCUAUCGCUCGGGCUAUCUGAUAUUUAAUCGGAGCCACUUGUCAACUAUCUUGGAAUAUUCCAAGAGUGACCGGGACGGCAUGGGCGCGACAGCUCUUGAAGUGCUAAAUGAGAUUUCCCAACGCAGUCCAGAUCUUUUCAAGACCCAUAUCGGUGAGCUUUGCAAAGACCUAGUCGAGCAAGCUCCGUCUGCAACCAAGGAAAAUGAACCUGCGGCCGUGGAGUCAUUGAAAGCCUGCUCUUCGUAUGCGCGGAAAUAUCCUGAGGAAAUACCCACCGACAGGUCCUUCAACCAGACACUGGUGAACUACGCUCUGUACGGCCAGCCAUGGAAAGCUGCAAAGUAUGCCGUGAACAUCCUGCUGGCGAAGAAAGAUGAAAAGAGUCUGGUCAAUGCCACGGACGUCAUUCAGAAGGUGAUGAAGGAUUGGAAGUACGACUCUCCACACUUCCUCAACAAAUUAGCUGUUGUCAGCCAAUUAGAAGUCCUCGCACCAAAGGUUACGGAUACGUAUGAUGAGACUAUUCUGGAUAUGACCGUGCAGAAGAUCCUCAAGCAAGUCCGCUCCGACGCAAGCGCAAAAGACCCGGAUUGGGCAGAAGAUUCUGAGAUUGACGAAGAGUGCCAAGCUAAAUGUCUGGCUCUUAAGAUCUUAGUCAACCGCGUUCGUAGUGUUGAAGGCACUGCCCGCGGCGACUCAGUGAAGGAUCUACAGGACAGAGCAAAGCCUGUUUUCAAGCUGCUCAAGACAAUCAUCAAGAAUGAGGGCGAGUUUUGCAAGACGAAGGACACGCCUAAGCAUCACAAAUCGCGUCUGCGUCUUGUUGCCGCUCAGCUGGUCUUGAAGCUAUGCACAGAAAGACAUUUCGACGACAUGUUGCCCCCGGAUGACUUCAAUGCUCUCGCCACGGUCACACAGGACUCUCACCCACAAGUCCGGCGAGCAUUCAUCGAGAAGUUGCAAAAGUAUCUCGUUCAAGCAAAGUUGCGGCCAAAGUUUUAUACAAUUAUCUUCCUUGCCGCCUUCGAGCCAGCACAAGACUUCAAACAGCGCAUCGAGACUUGGAUCCGUUCCCGAGUACACCACUAUCAAGUCAGUGGGCAACCUGUCAUGGAAGCUAUCAUGGCCCGGCUACUAUCUCUCUUGGCUCAUCAUCCCGACUUCAGCACUGACUCAGAUGAUCUCGUUGACCACGCGCGAUACAUUCUGUUCUACGUCAGCAAUGUUGCGACCGAGUCAAAUCUUGGUCUGAUCUUCCGUUAUGCAGAACGUGUCAAGCAAACUAGGGAUGCCAUCAACCCUGACAUGAGUGAGAAUCUCUACGUUGUUAGUGACCUUGCACAAGCCGUUGUUCGCAAAUGGCAAGAGAAGAAGGGAUGGGCCUUUGAAGCCUACGGGCAGAAGAUUGGGCUGCCCACAGGACUGUAUCUUGCCUUGCCAUCUCACGAAGCUGCUCAAGAAAUUGCCGAGAAGCAAUACAUUCCGGAUGGUAUAGAUGAUAAGCUGGAUGACCUGCUUCGUACAGUCGACAGGAAAAAGAAGCGCAAGUCCGUGGACGAUCGUGCGGAGGUUCAUCCGCCUGCUAAGAAAGCCAAGCCCACUGUAAAGGUCGCAAAGACGGCAGCCCAGCCCAAAGUAGCAAAGGUCCCAGCAAAGAAGGCGGCACCAAAAGCUAAGACUCCGGCGAAACCUAAGAAGGCCAAGGCAUUCUCGUCGUCCCCAGUAGCCGAUUCCGAGCGGCGUCGUAGUGGGCGCUCGAGACAUGCGCAAACAUACAUCGAGCGUGACUCUUCUGAGGACGAUGAAGAGAUGCUCGAUGGAGUCGCUGAGUGGGACUAUGAGGAAGGAAAAGACUCAGACCAGGAAGACAACGGUCCGGAAGCGGCUGACGAUGAAGAAAAGGAGAUAGAAGAAGUAGAGCCGGAGGCGGAAGAGCAGCUUCCCGAAUCAGAGGAAGAAGAUGAGCCCACUCCGCCGCCGGCGACGAACGGCAGGAAAGGGAGGAAUGCGUCUGCCUCUCGAGCGAAGCCCAAGCCCACCCCCAAGCCCGUCGCGAAGGCUAAGCCAGCGAGCAAGGCUGCGGCGUCUGGAACCGCCUCUACAACUGGGAAAGGAAGAGGCAAAAAAGCCAAGGAUAUAUAUGAGAUGGACAUUGACUGA